AUGACGACGCCGAGGGUGACAGCGUUUACUGCACUGGCAUCAUCAGGAGACUUAACCAUUGUAGACAAUAAGCUGUUUAAAGCUAUAUGCUUACAUCAAAUACUGGAUCCCACCAACGGCGGUAACCGAUUUUGCAGGUUGAUGUUAAUGGCGUUCAUGUUUGUGUCGCUCGGCGUGCAGAUCAUUCAGUUGGUCGGCCUUUACUUCGCGGUCAACGACCUGCAGCGGUUCGCGUUCACUACCACGACGCUGUCACAUGCCUUUCUGUGCAUGGCCAAGGAUUAUGUGUUGUUGACGCACGCGGACAGGCUGCGCGACAGCCUGGAAGUGGCCAGGUAUGAGUUCACGCCGUGCGGCGCCCGGGACCAGCGCAUGGUGCGCCGGUCGCGGGCCGUGUUGUCCACGGUUCUCCGCACGUUCACCGUGCUCAGCUGGGUCACGUGUUUCAUCUGGGUGUUGACGCCGCUGUUCACGAUGGACGAAUACCUUCAGGUGACGAAUACCGAUGACACCGUCUCCCGUUACCGGGUUACCAUCUUCAACAUGUGGUUGCCGGUGUCGGUAGCCGUGUACAAUGCGACGCCCAUUUGGUCACUCAUCUACAUGGUCGAGGUGAUGGCAUGUGUAUUUACAUCAUUUAGUUGGUUGCUGUUCGACAGUUACGUGGUGACUAUGUGUGUCACGUUCAACGCCCAGUUACGCACCGUGUCGACUAGUUGUGCGACAAUUGGCCACCGUGACUGCUUCGCAUCGUUGUCACCGCACGCCACGAGUACUCAUAACAUAAAAAUUGAUGAUAAUAAUUUAUCUAAUUGUUAUGAUGAACUGAUCAACCACAUAAAAGAUAAUCAAAAUAUAAUAAAGAAGUAUGAUGAUUUUUUUAAAAUUAUUCAACUUGUCGUCUUAUUCCAAAUAAUCGCUGGUUCGUAUUCUGUAAUAACAUUAAUAUUUCUCACUGCGCUGGCGUAUCUUAUAGGUUGGUCAAUUAUAUCCGGACCCGUUUUAAAAGUAUUUUUUGGUUUUUUGUCACUUACUUUUGAACUCUUCUUGUAUUGCUAUGUAUUCAAUCACAUAGAAACUGAGAAAUGUAAGAUGAAUUUUGGAUUGUACAGUAGUAAUUGGACUGUAAUGGAUUUAAAAUUUAAGAAGACAUUGUUUAUUGCUAUGAACAUGAAUUCAGCUCACAGGCGAGUGAUGAAAGUGACACCAACGUCCAUCGUAAAUCUCGAAAUGUUCUCCAAUGUGAUGAACAUGGCAUACUCGAUAGUAUCUAUACUAUUAAAUUCAAGAGUCCAGAAAUGAAGUGUACUAACUUCUAAUUUAUGAAUUCAACUAAUGACAGCGAGUAAAAUAUUAGAUAAUAUUAGUUAAAUCACACUGUAUGUUUAUAAAAUACAAACAUUAAAUUACUUAUAUACAUAGUGUUGAAGUACACAGAUAUACAGAAGUUAAAGGUAAAUAAUAAUAAGAUCGGAUAUAUAUAAUAUAAUAAUAAGUACGGACCCUCCAGUCAAGCUUACACGACAUGAAGAGACCAUGGUCACCAGAGUACGUACUAGAAUCACACACUCCUAUCUUAUGCGUAAGGAGCUCAAACCCAGGUGUGAAACAUGCAACUGUGAACUCACUGUAAAUCACAUACUCCUAGAAUGCCCCAUUUACCACAACGCCAGAACAAAAACAAACAUAAACACCACUCAAAGACGCACUCGGACCAGGACAAGAAAAAACCAUAACAAAUUUCAUCAAGAUGGCCGACCUCACAACGAACAUAUAAGACAAUGGAUAAACGAAGCCACAUUAUAAUUAUUAACAUUUAAAUUAUAUUUAUAAAUUAUUAAUGUAAAAAAACCAAAUUUCCUAUAACUAAAUGUUACCACCAGUCAUGUAAACCAGUAGGCUAAUAAACUUUUGUAUUUGGAGCCUUAAAUUAAAUAAAAAAUAAUAAUAAUAAUAAGUAUAAUGAUACAAUGUACAAUAGUGUUACUAGCCGUAAUAAAAUCAACGACUAACUAUGUACGCCCGGCUACACUACACAAGACAUAAAGUAUUAUAAAAAUGUAUAGUCAGCGUCUGCUGAACUACAGUGUGAAUAUAUUACUUAUACACUACAUUAUAUAGGGGGUUUUGUUUAUCAUUCCAACAC